UUCCACAACCAGCCGUGAUGUGGCGCUCUGUACCCGCCCCUCGGUCGCUCUCUCCCCGCCUGUGUGACUGUAGAGCCGGGCUGGCCGUGCUUGGAGGCGGUGUGUUCCUCUUUAUUGUUCCAGUAGAAAAAGAGCUCAGUGCACGGCUUCCCAUAUUCGUCUCAAUGGCUACCGCACAGAAACCACGUCCCACCUGAGAGGCAGGAACACACACACACACACACACACACGGACUUGUUACUGAGAUCGAAACGCUGCGUGCGUGUGUGCGGGAUUUAUUAUUUUUUGCGGUGCGGGUUGGAUACAAAGAUCUUUACAGGCGGACAAUCUGUGGAUCCUGAAGGAAGACGAGAGAGAGAGAGAGCGGGGACGUGAACUCAGGUGCCUGCAGCUCGCGUAGCGUCCGUCAUCAUGGUCGAACCCGCCGACAGGCCGUCUGCAGCCGGACAGCGGCUGGGCGCCCCAGAGAGCUUCGGGGUGUCCACGCUGGAGCCGGGCCUGCGUCCUCCAGCUCAGCCUGCAGGGAGACAUGUCUCCAUACGAGUGCAGAUGCUCGAUGACACACAGGAAGUCUUCCAGAUAUCGCAACGUUCCCCCGGCAAAGUUCUGUUCGACCUGGUUUGUGUGCAUCUCAACCUGGUGGAGGGAGACUAUUUUGGACUGGAGUACCAGGACCAGCGCAAGAUGACGGUGUGGCUGGAUCUGCUGAAGCCGACGCUGAAGCAGAUCAGACGGCCUAAAAACACCAUCCUUCGCUUCGUGGUGAAGUUCUUCCCUCCUGACCACACACAGCUCUCGGAGGAGCUGACUCGGUAUCUGUUCGCCCUGCAGAUCAAACGCGACCUGGCGUGCGGUCGUCUCAUCUGCAACGACACCAGCGCCGCCCUCAUGGUGUCCCACAUCAUUCAGUCCGAGAUCGGAGAUUUCGACGAGACCCAGAGCUGGCAGCACCUCCUCCACAAUAAGUACCUGCCCGACCAGGACGCCAUCCGAGACAAGAUCACCGAAUGCCACCGCAAGCAUGUUGGACAGACUCCCGCAGUGUCAGACUACCAGCUGCUGGAAAUCGCCCGGCGGUUGGAGAUGUACGGCGUCCGUCUGCACCCGGCGAAGGACCGAGAGGGUACUAAGCUCAGUCUGGCUGUGGCACACACUGGGGUUCUUGUUUUCCAGGGAUACACAAAGAUUAACGCCUUCAACUGGUCCAAGGUUCGCAAGCUCAGCUUCAAACGCAAGAGGUUCCUCAUCAAGCUAAGAGCAGAUCCUGCUCAGAACGCCCACCACGACACGCUGGAGUUCGCCAUGGCCAGCAGGGACUGCUGCAAGAUCUUCUGGAAGAUCUGCGUGGAGUAUCACGCCUUCUUCAGACUCUUCGAGGAGCCCAAACCCAAACCCAAGCCCAUCCUGUUCACCAGAGGAUCCUCGUUCCGGUUCAGCGGUCGGACCCAGAAGCAGAUCAUCGAUUACACGAAAGACUCUGAGCUCAAGAAGGUUCCAUUUGAAAGGAAACACAGUAAGAUUCUGUCCAACAGCAGCAUGACGCCUCAGUCGUCUUCCUUCAGAUCACAAGUGCCAAAAGAGAGCGCCAUGUCUGUCCUGUUAGCAGACCAGCCCGACUCGGCCAGACUGGUCCAUCAAGCUGAAUCUAACGGUUCAGAUGAGCCUCCGGCAGCCGCGUCCGCCACCAACGGCUUCCACGACACACCCGCGGCGCCAGGCACGGACCCGACUCAGCCCCGACCGAACCACAACGGCAGCAGAUCAGCGCAGGACCAGCAGUUCCUCAACCCAGAAAGUCCCGGUUCAGAGGACUCUCCGGGAGGAAGCCCCCACGUGGUCCUUAAUGGUAACGGCUCGGUGAACGGACAAGGGUUGGGCAACAGCGGUGUCCUCCUGGGUCCAGGUCCGAGUCCAGAGGGAUGGCAGUUAUCACCUCUCACCAGCCCGCUGCUCAAUGACGCCGGGUGUGUCCGCAACGAGGAUGAAGAGGAGGCGAGGAGGAAGAAGUUUCCCACAGAUAAGGCCUACUUCAUCGCCAAGGAACUGUUGACCACGGAGCGGACCUACCUCAAAGACCUGCAGGUCAUCACAGAGUCAUUCCAGGGUGUUGCGGGAAAAGAUGAAUCCUUCCCAGACUCUGUUAAAAACCUGAUCUCCGCCAGCUACGAUCCCGUCUACAAGUUUCACCAGGGAUUCCUCAAAGAGGUGGAGCAGCGGCUGGCGCAGUGGGAGGGUCGUUCUAACGCCCACAUUAAAGGAGACUAUCAACGAAUUGGUGACAUUCUCCUGAAGAACAUUCAGGGUCUGAGGCAGUUGACGGUUCACCUUCAGAAACAUUCAGAGUGUUUGGUCGAGCUGGAGCGGGCCUGUAGGUCAGGCCGGAAGGUGGAGGCUCUGUGUCGAGACUUCGAGCAGCAGAGAGUUUGCUACCUUCCCUUCAACAUCUUCCUCCUGAGGCCUCUCCAUCGCCUGCUGCACUACAAACUCAUCCUGGAGAGGCUCUGCAAGCACUACCCGCCAACCCACGACGACUUCAGGGACUGCAGAGCGGGACUGGCCGACAUCUCUGAGAUGGUGGUGCAGCUCCAAGGCACCAUGAUGAAGAUGGAGAACUUCCAGAAGCUUCUAGAGUUGAAGAAAGAUCUGACCGGCAUCGAGAACCUCGUCAUCCCCGGCAGGGAAUUCAUCAGGCUCGGCUGCCUCAGCAAGCUCUCGGGGAAAGGCCUUCAGCAGAGGAUGUUCUUCCUGUUCAGCGAUUCGUUGGUGUACACCAGUCGAGGAAUGACCCCGUCCAACCAGUUCAAAGUUCACGGCCAGCUGCCCCUGUAUGGCAUGACGAUCAGAGAAAGUGAAGAAGAGUGGGGAGUGCCUCAUUCGUUCACCUUGUUUGGACAGCGGCAGUCUGUUGUGGUGGCAGCCAGCUGUGCGUCGGAGAUGGAGCGGUGGGUGGAGGACAUCAGGAUGGCCAUCGACCUGGCGGAGCAGAGCAGCAGCCCAGAAACUGAUCUGCUGUCCACCAGCCUCUCUGACAACAAGCUGUCGGAGGACGGUGGAGCUGAGGUGGAGUCGGAGGAGGAGCUCUGCGGCUCGCGCUCGUCUCUGGAGCGCCAGGGUCACCGUGGUAACACCACCGUGCACGUCUGCUGGCAUCGCAACACCAGCGUGUCCAUGGUGGACUUUAGCGUCGCUGUGGAGAACCAGCUCUCAGGUAACCUGCUGAGGAAGUUUAAGAACAGUAACGGCUGGCAGAAACUCUGGGUGGUCUUCACCAACUUCAGCCUCUUCUUCUACAAGUCACACCAGGAUGACUACCCCCUGGCCAGCCUCCCUCUGCUGGGCUACUCCGUUACCGUCCCGUCUGAGUCGGAGAACAUCCACAAGGACUACGUCUUCAAGCUCCACUUUAAAUCCCACGUCUACUACUUCAGAUCAGAGAGCGAGUACACUUUUGAGAGGUGGAUGGAGGUGAUCCGAAGCGCCACCUGCUCCGCCAGCCGUUUGCUGCCAAGCACCAGGAAAGACCUUUACUGAUGAAUCCGCCUCCCUCGGCUCUCCUCCUCCUCCUCUGCUGCACCGAGAGACUCUCGCCAGGGAGGAGAUCUGAACUUCAGGCUGCACAAACAAACAGAAAAGACUCUCAUUAUAGAAUCACACAGCGUGCGCUCGACUCCACGCUAAUUAAUACCUCU